GAAUUAUCAAUAUUAUACGAUAUAUUAUGGAUCUAUUAUAAAAAGAAACUUUAAAGUGUCGAUUAGAUAAAAGAAAUGCCUAUAUACCCGGAUUGUGAGGAUGCAAGUGACCCAGAAUGUAUGCCACAUGGUCAUAGAUGGCGAUCAAGAUUUCAAUGCAUAUUGAAUCAACUCCGUGCACACCCGGAUUCCAGCAAACUUGAGAAGUCUGACAUUGACAAGAUACCGUUUGCAGUUUGUACGUGCACCCAGAAACCAAGAGAUGACACUGUGCAACUUGAACCAGAUAAAAGAUGGGAAGAAAUUCCAAUUAAUGAAUAUAAGGCAGCAGAGAAAUACUUUGAAAACUUUAUUGAAAGCCUGGAUAAAUCUUCAGAAUACUACUCCUUAUUAAAAUACCACUUCACUGCCCUCCAGAAACAUGAGGAACUCAAAGAUAAAUCUAGUAGUCAGAGAUUUUUACUUGUAUUCCAAAGGAUACACCAUCUAAAUGACCGAGAACUUCUAAAUAGGCCUACAAGAAGAGCAGGGGGCUCAGAAGAAGAUAAACGCAUCAAGCAGACAAUACACCUAGCAUCGCUGAAAAAGGACUAUGUACCAUUAUAUUGUGGGCGUAAUGGUAGAAACAUGAAAAGGUAUCUGAAGGGCAAAAAGAAAGUUAAAGUUCAACUGGAAACAAGAGACGAGGACCAAGUUUAUGCAACCAUAACCUGUAAAUCUCAGGACCGGGAGAAGAUAGUAGAGAGAUUGACAAAAGAGGCAGAGCUAUUAGCUGAAAGGAGAAGAAUACAUGAUGAAAAUCAAAGAGAAUAUUACCGAAGAAUGGGAUUGGAUGAUGAUAUGGAUACAAAUAGUCAAGAAGAGGAUGAUAUGGAUUCUUGAACAAACAACACUUGGUUCAAAGCUAGCAUUGAAAUGUCGUCUGGACUUUAAUAUGUUUGUAAAUGUAACUACAUGUAAUAAACUGACUAUAGCUCCACAAGAA